AUGGAUGCUAAGAUCGGACAAUUCUUUGACUCCGUCGGUGCCUUCUUCAGCGGCGGCGAUAAGAUCCCAUGGUCCGACGGAGAUGUCAUCGCCGGAUGUGAAAGAGAGGUUAGAGAGUCUACAGAUGCUGGCUCUGAAGAACUUAAGAAGGAGUGCCUAAUGCGCUUGUCAUGGGCUCUUGUUCAUUCCCGUCAACCCGAAGAUGUGCAACGUGGAAUAGCCAUGCUUGAAGCAUCUCUGGCAAACAGUGCUCCUCCUUUAGAGGACCGAGAGAAGCUCUAUCUUCUUGCUGUUGGAUGUUACAGAAGCGGUGAUUACUCAAAGAGCAGGCAGCUUGUUGACCGCUGUAUUGAGAUGCAACCCGAUUGGAGACAGGCUUUGGUGCUAAAGAAGACCAUCGAAGACAAAAUCACUAAGGAUGGUGUGAUCGGGAUAGGCAUCACGGCUUCAGCUGUAGGAGCUGUAGGUCUCAUAGCUGGUGGGAUUGUAGCGGCGCUGGCUCGCAAGAAGUGA